CAUGUUGAAAUUCGGGUGAAUCCGGCGAGUAGGAGCUACACACGCCUAGUACAGCACUGCCACGCGCUCUCAGCUACACGUCCACCAACCACUUUAUCGUGUAGCUGCGCCGCUAAGACCCCUACAAACUAGGCCGUCUGUACUUCUGUCGCCCCGCUCACCCGACGCGGUGACUAAGGUAGACCAGUCUCGCCACUGUUCCCCGAGAGAAGUCCCCUCGCAGCAGCGUGCAGGAAAGGAUAGGAUAGGGUAGGAUGCACCGCUUGUCUGCGUCGCCUCGCGCCAUGACGUGCAGCCGCACGGUACAAAAAGGCAGAGAGUGCUGGGUAGUCAGACAUGCAUCGGACAGACAGCCAUUCAGCCACUACAACCAUAUUCUUCGAACAGUCAACUCCGUCAACACACUCCACUACCUUCGAGCAAAUUCGACCGCACUUCGAGCUCCUUUUCUGGAGAGAAAAUCAUCCUGUAAAAUCACCCGUUGACCCCAGCCAUGGCGUCCGUCCGCGUCCUCUCGCUUCUUCUCCUCGUCCUCGUCAGCGCUGCCGCCGUGGCGGAGGCGCGGAUCGACCCUGCGGAGUUUAUUAAGGCGAUCAAGGCGAUCAGGAGAUCGCCGCGAUUCAAGGCCGCGUCUGUUCCUGCUGCCGAGGCGCUGUUCCGCCGCCUCAUGAAGCUGGACAGCUCUACCGGAAACGUGACUCUCCUCGUCCCUGCAGAGCUUGCCGCGCUCAACGCCGCUGCGCUGCCCGCCUUCACGCUCCCGCAGGCCAACAAGAUCCGCCUCUACCAUCUGCUGUCGGGGCUCUACACCGUUGCUGACCUCCAGGCGCUGCCGCUCAACGCCAAGAUCGCCACGGUGGAGGGGAAAACAAUGAAGAAGCUCACGCCUGCGGUCAUCCCUGUGGUCAUGCUCAAGGGCAGAGACCUGCUGCCCUCCGUGCUGGUGUCUGGCGAUGUGUAUGUGGGCGAUACCCUCGCCGUGCACGUCGUCUCAUCCAUCCUCCUCCCGCCUGACCUCUAGAGUUCCAGGCAGUGCACAUGGGGUUGUUGUGAAGCCACCGGGAUAGCAGCAGCUCCCUGGCCAUCCACUUGGGAAAGUACGGCGGGCCAUGGGCGGUGCUCUGAUUGGUGGUGGUGGUGCUGCAGCCUCGCCUCCUCCUGCUUUCCUCUGCUGUGCCGUUUUACCGUGUGUUGAAGAUGGAGUGUGGUGGCAACGACUUGUUGCCCUGAAGAUGCGUGUGGGUAGUGCCAGGCCAGGUCUGGAUAUCAGUGUGCGCAAGGCAGAUGAAGGCAGGAAGUAGAGCGAGGGUGAGAACCGAUUGAGUGUUGUUUUUUGUGUAUAUUUGAAUCUAGCAUCCGAGUCGGCUUUCUUGUAGCACACCAAUAUUGUUCAUAUUUCCCUGUGCAAGCAAUUGGGGUUCUGCCACUUACCAAGACUUGAAAGACUGCAGCAGUUGUAGCAGCGAAGCAGACGGGUGCAGCAGCAGCAGCAGCAGGGUAGUUAGCGGGCAGGACAGUAGGGGGAUAGGAUGUGAGAGAGCGAGGUGUGGUGAAAGGUAAGGUGCAAAGCGAGGUGAAGGUAAGGCAAGUAAGCCCUAUCAUGUGAGUUCGCUGGUUCAAAUCCACCAUGACGGGGCAAGUGAGGAGCCGAAUAUAAGGUGAGGCAAGUGAGGGGAAUCCGAUCCCGACUAAAAGCUGAGGUACGUGAGGGGGUUCAGACCCCAACUAUGAGGGGAAGCAAGUGAGGGAGUUCAGACCCCAACCAUGAGGCGAGGCAAGUGAGAGGGUUCAGACCCCAAAUAUAAGGCGAGGCAAGUCUUGUGCAGGGCGGUCUUGCGCUGGGUGGUCUUGCACUGGCCGGUCUUGCACUGGGAAGUUGUGUUUUGAGUCAACUCAACUAUGAGUUGAGGCAGGUGAGGGGGUUUAGAUGCAAGGAUCCAAGUUGAGGCGCAUAAGUGGAGUUCAGACCCAAGUUUUGAAGGUGAGGGUUCAGACCCAAUCGAGCAAUGGAUUCAGGCUUGGGGUAAGGUAAUUUUGGCGGAUUAACUUGGGGCGUGGGGAAGGGAGCAGGCUUGAGCCCCUUGAGUACAAUAAGUGAAGGGAAGAUAC